UAUUUCAAGGAUUAAGUCACAGCAAUAAUACGUUGAUAUGAUAUGUGCUUCGAGGUUUAAAACUUUAAUGUACAGUACAAAACGAGGAAACUCGUGUCGUUUAAUCUGGAGUGUACGUAAUUUAAAAGAAAGAUGAACCGUAUCCAUGCCGUUGUUUUACUCUUGGUUGUGUGGACGGCGCGCUCGUCGUCAUUGCUGUGGACGCUAGAGGCAGAAGGCACGCAAGGUCAACAUACCAGGAACUACAGAUCUGAAGCAUCUGGACAUCAGUCUGUCCUCCUCUACCAGGGCGAGUCCAUCUUGUUCUCGAUAUGUUUCAUGCGGAGGACAAACCUAACUGUCAAAGACGUCGUUUUUUCCAACGAUGGUCAGUCUGACAACGUCGGUGUCGGCCUGGACAAUGUUGCCAUUGGCUCAUUCCGAACACAUAGACAUGACACUGGUGGUCGGUCAUGGAACAAAUUUUAUCAUUCUGGUGAACUUGGAAGUAUAGGUGUUGGCGCUGGGAUAAAUCGAUUGAGCAUUUAUGCCAACGAAACUGAUCGUUGGGGCCUCGAAAUUGAUAGGGUUGUGAUAGAAAUAGCGGACGAUCAUCUUAAUUCGGACAUUCUGCAUUGCAGGCUACCCUGUGCUCAGGACCCACCUGUGCUUCAUAACCCACAACGAGAGUCUGUCUCGUCAGGUUAUAUUACUCAGAAGAGUUAUCCAACAUCGUGCGCUGAGGAGGAUAACGUACACAUCCCAGUGUUUCAUGACUCAGUCAGUGAAUACACCAUCAGCGCAACCUUACCAAUGUACCAUUCAUUCAGAAAUGACGUGUAUCAAGAUUUUGACAAUUGCUCCUUUGCCCAAACAGUGUUCUGGAACUACACCGAUGUAAAACUGAGUUCCCUUCUUGUACAAACCGACCCGAACUCUCUUAGCGUGUUGGCCUCACGAGUUAACAGCCAAGGUAUUGCAACGAUUCAUCUGGGUCUUUUAUUCUAUCUUGAAACACCGGAAGAAGGAGUGUAUAAUUCGGAAAUGGGGGGAAUCAUAUCCUUGUCCCUGAGUGGCAUCAUGGACGUUGCUAUGGUUACGGUACUCUGCAGGGGAAAGUUUAACAGAUACACCACACUACAAACGUACCAAUUUACAAACACAUCUGAUACCUUUGAAUGGGAAGUUCCUGAUUAUGUCUUGGGUGCCAAUGCAAACCAUGUUAUCUUAGUUAUCGUAACAAGCCAUCCAGAAACUAUAACUAUAAACCACUUCUACAUCAAAAGACGCACAUUUGAAGAAGACUCAAUGUUUGAAAUCUUUAAGGGAGACGUCAUUAUUGAAGGAUUGCAUGUAGAUUUCUGGUGGCAACAAAAUACAACCAUGGAAGUGACUUUGUCAACGACUUCUCAGUCAUGGACAGCCCAUUAUAUACGGUUCUAUGUCCCGGUUCCAUGGUCAAAUAAUGGUUGGUGCCAGAUAAUGGUUAUUUAUCAAGAUGGAAAUGUUCGUUUACUUCCAAUGACGCCAAGAGGAGCUUCAUGGAUCCCUUUUGGAUCUUCGGUGUUGAUUGGUCAAAGCGACAAGUCAAUGAGACCAAGUGCUCCAAUUUCCAAAGUAAAAUCGACCCAAUACACCUCUCCCUUGACGUGGUGUAUGCCGACGGUGGCACAGCCACUAUGACCCUUUACCCUCUUGUCGAGAGGACAGAACUACGAAUUACCAAAAUCAAAAUGGCCGGGGACACGACGACCAACCCGUUUGCAACGUUCCGCUCAAUGUACGUUGCAGGUGGCAACGCCGACACUGACAGCGUGGCCACCGACACUCAUGACGUUGUACACGUGAUGGAUGAUUGGAGAAACAUCACAGGCACGGUGUUCGGACUGUUUCGACGGUGUCAGUCCAGUCAUCUUACCCAGAGUCCAGAUCUAAAUCUGAGGAUCGUUAAAACUUGAAAUCAUUUCACGCCAUCAAUUGUGGAUACAUGCUUGUAGAGACUAUACACGUUGGGCUUAAAGCUUGCAUGAUAUUUCUAUGUUAAUAUGUUGAUAUGGCCACUUUAAUUGCUUUAAUUCUCAACUUUCUGAAUCAACAAAUAUUAAUAUCAAGUACUCCCAUUUGACAGUAGAAUGGAAAAUCUGUAGAACAACAUCCAGAAAUGGACAACAAUCAAUUUUACCCUGAUUAGACGGAACCCGUAAGAGUUUACAGGAUUCUAUUUAUCAGGAAAACCAGAAUGACGUCAGUUUUGUCUUAGUGUUUUCUGGAUGCAAGUAUGUUAUAUUCAGAUGUUGUUAAAUUAAUGUUGCAUGAAUGUGUUCUUAACAUGUGUACAGAUAUGCGAUCAUGUCAUUUGUAGUAUGAGUAUAAAGUUUGCAAUGUAUCGUGUAUGGUACUACGACCGAGGUAUGUGUCUACUUUGGGAACUAAUAAUGCACAUCAUAUAAAUCAUGGUUCUGUUCGGUUUGUUAGGCAUUUGUUAAUAGUAGUGAGUGAGUGAGUUUAGUUUUACGCCGUUUUGACCACCUCAUCCCGGUAGUGGCUUCUUACGACAAGCAUGGGUUGUUGAAGAUCAAUUCUAUGUUAAUAGUAAAUUAUAUGACAGCUAAUUUGAGACUUAAGUUUGUGAGCAGUUGAAAUUCAAAGCGACGUUUCUAUAUAAACUGUGAAUUGAUUUUCUUUUUGAAAUUGAUAUCACUAAUAAGUUUUAAAAUCAGUAUAUGAAACAUUGCGAUACACAUGUAUUUACUGACAUAAGUGUUUUUAUCUUUCAAAAGUGAAAGUUGUCGAAAAUAUGCAAAUUACGUUCAUUUAAAUUUGCAAAUUGGAAAUCUUGAGAUAACAAAAUCCAGAAAUGGACCGUUAAAGGCGUCAGCGUCGUUUGUGUAGUCUUUGGGUAAUACACUUGGACUGAUACCUGAUAUAUCACAUGUCAUUUAUACAAUACCCUUGGGGUGAUAGGCUCUUAGUAUCUUGGGGAUCAGGUGCUUCAAGCAGAGAGUGCACUUCACAAUCUAAAUAAGUACUUCAUGUGAGCUAUACUAUAUUAAGUGUUAUCCCAAAUAUAAUAUUUGUUACCAUGCUAUGAUGUGGUAUUUUACACUUGUAUUACAUCUUAUGUAGAUACAGCCACGUUUCGCCACUUCUCGUUACUUUGCGCCUGGGGUUCAUUUGAAUGUUGACAUUUUACAAUCUCGCAUUUCAUGUCAAGUCAAGGUUAGGAUUUGCUGAUUAUGUUUGAACGUAUUGCGUUUUUAUGAAUAAGGCUAUCAUGUGUGGCUUUCAAGUAACACAAGAUGUAGGGUUAUGGAGGACAUCGUUUAUUUCUGGCAUACACAUACAGAUAGCAUCUUUAAACACAUCUUAGACGUGGGAAAUUGUGUUUUAGUACCUUCAAGGCAUAAACAUAAUGGAUUUUUCUUCUUUGAAUUGUCUUUACGGGAAGACCUAAGAAAAUAUCUCUCGUAAACUGGACUUAUUUAGAUAGCAGUUCCUUGGGUAUAUAUAGUGUAUGCAAAACAGAAAUGUUAUUUCGACAUGCAUGAAAUGAAAAAGUAACUGAUUUAGUUCACAAUAAAUUAAUGGCUUUUAAAAGUGAGACACAUAAGUGAGAGAUGUUAUCAGUGCCUUAUAUUAUUGUGAGGAACACGACAGUUAGGUCGUAUGCCUCCUGGCUUCAUUAUAUCAAUGCUUAUUAACAAUUCGUGUUAAUUAACCGUUGGAUUCCCAUGUUAAUUUUCAACCUUUCUUUUGUCAAACUUGUUCAACGAAACCAGUCAGUGUUAAUUUACUGCUGGCUUCCUUUGUUUAGUUUCCACUUGUUUACUUAUUACUUUUGAUAUCCUCACAUGUACAGUAUAUAUGUACAGAUCCCGGUCCUUAUCACGGAGAAGUGAGUGAGUUUAGUUUUACGCAGCACUUAGCAAUAUCCUCAUCACGAAGAACUUGACAUAAAUGCACUCGCUAAUCAUGCAACAUUUUUAAUCAGUUGGUUUAAAUGACAUACAUUUUAUUUGAUUUUUUUAAAGGCUCUUACAUGCAUUCACUGGCAACGGAUGUAAAUAUCUUAAAGCAUGAAUAUUUGGGUGGCCUGAGUCUAUAGUGUAUGUCAUCAAUUAGGUACGGGUGGGAAUACACGCUACAAUACUAUUCCUCUAGGGUUAUUGGGGACGAUAUAAUUAGAUGGGGUGUUUUGGGGUGAGUUGGGUAAGGAUGAACUUCUAAUAAUUGAUAUAUUAUGAACGUAUGAUGGAAGUUCAAGUGAAGGAACAUAGAAAUCAUCGUGCAUUCCGACGGAGCUGUCUUCAUUUUAAAAGUAAACAGAAAUGAUUUAACAUUUUUUAUACAAAGUGUCACGAACAUCGUUAUUGAUAUGCUUCCUACUAAUUACUCCCUGUUCAAAGUUACCUUUGCAAAUAAUGCGCUGUGUUUGGGCAGUUUAAACAGUCAUUUAUCCUCUUCGCUAAAGUGUUUGAUUUCACGUAAAUAUAUGAUAAUGUGUUGACCAAGGCGCAACUGUACUCGCCUGCAUGGACCAUUAAGCUGUUAUGUUAGGCUAGCUUAUUGGUUAACCUGUUACUUUGGGCUCGCUUAUUGGAACAGUAUAUUUGAACGCAGUCAAUAGCCGAGUGUGCUUAGCGUUUCUUUGUUCGGUACUUUGGAGUGACGUUUAACACGUCUAGUGGUAUCUUUUGAAAUGUCUAUAUGUAUCUUAAAUAAAAUUAUUCCAAACAGCA